UGACAUCAUCAGCAGCUGAUGGCUAGCACUAACACUAUACUACACUAGUGUCCUAUAAAAACGUGCUCGGGUUCACAUCCGUUCCGACAAAGCUCACUCCCACAAGAUUUCAAGCUGCUUCGCGGAAAUGGCCAAGAAAAGCAUCCAAUACGUCGUGGUGGACGCCUUCACGGCCGAGCCGUUCAAGGGCAACCCUGCCGCGGUGUGCCUCCUCGAGGAUGAUGCCUCGGCGCCCACGGGGGACGCGCGCUGGAUGCAGUCCGUCGCCGUCGAGUUCAACCUCUCCCAGACCGCCUUCAUCUCCCGCGACUCCUCCUGCCCGGCCGACGCCGCCACCCCGCGGUUCCACCUCCGCUGGUUCACCUCCGUCACCGAGGUCGCGCUCUGCGGGCACGCCACGCUGGCGUCCGCGCACUUCCUCUUCACCUCCGUCCUCGCGGAGCACCACGGCGUGGUCGAGUUCGCCACCAAGUCCGGAAUCCUGACCGCCAAGAAGGUCCCCGCGCCGGAGACGGAGGAGCAGGGGAAGCUCUUCAUUGAGCUCGACUUCCCCUCCAGUGACUUUGUGGGCUGCGGUUCGGCCGACGAGCUGCCGUCGAUCCCGGACACGCUCAACGGCGCCUCCGUCGUCAGUGUUCACAAAUCGGUCGCCACCACCGACUUCAUUGUGGAACUUUCAUCUGGAAAAGAGGUUGCCGAUGUCCUUCCUAACAUCGAAGAAAUCAAAAAAUGUGCUGGCAGAGGUGUGAUUAUUACAGGACCGGCACCUGCUGGAUCUGGUUAUGACUUCUUCACGCGUUUCUUCUGCCCCAAGUGGGGGAUAGAUGAGGAUCCUGUCUGUGGCAGUGCACAUUGUGUUUUGGCACCCUACUGGGCUAAAAAGUUGGGCAAACAAAAACUGGUAGCGUUUCAGGUAUCUCCAAGGAGUGGAGUGCUAUACCUGGAGCUGGAUGCUGCGAAUCACAGAGUGCGACUUCAGGGAGAGGCCGUUACUGUCAUGGCUGGGACACUCUUCGCGUAGCUAGCAUGUUGCCAUCCACUCCAGGCACAAGCGUUCAUGGACUCUUGAUGUGAACUACAUUGAAAUAAAAAUAUAAUUGCUUCAUAUAUGCUAGUUUAACUCUAAAUCGAUCAGUUUUACGGGAAUAAAAACACUUGCUGAGCA